AACCAAUAUCAGUAGUUGGUGCUGACUGUAAGGAACUCCGUGAGAAUGGUCACACUGAUUCCGGUGUAUAUGAGAUCUAUCCUUAUGGUACAUACACCAGUCCUAUCAGUGUUUAUUGUGACAUGAACACAGAGGGAGGCGGCUGGACGGCAAUCCAAAAACGUGUCAAUAAUGGAUCAGUGAGCUUUGAUAGAACAUGGAAGGAAUACAAGAAGGGAUUUGGUGACGCGGGACUGGAUUUCUGGAUCGGAAAUGAAGUAAUCUACCAAUUAACAAAGCGACAGAUCUCCAAUCUCUACAUUAUCAUCAAUCUGGUGGACGGGAGCAGGCUAUACGAGUUGUACGAUCAGUUCUCGGUGUCAAAUGAAGCAGAUAGCUAUCGACUCUUUCUGGCGGGGAAUGCCUCGGGAACCCUAGGUGACAGUAUGAUGCACACGGGUUAUUCUCGUCUGAAUCUGUCUGGGAUGAAAUUCACGACGUCUGACAGAGAUAACGAUCAAUAUGAUGAGGGAAGCUGUUCCUCUCUCAAUAAAGGAGGCUGGUGGUUCAACAACUGCCGCCUCGCCUUCCUGAACGGCCCUUGGUCUACAAUUCGGUGGCCUCCCAAAGUUACAUUCUGGACACCCGUCUAUGAGACACUAAUGAUGAUCAGGCAUCACUAG